AUGAAGUCCUCCGUCAUGAUUCUGUUGGCUAGCGGCGCUUGUAGCUUUGCCAGCCAAAGCUCCGUCGAGGUCGAGCAGCCCAUAAGUUCUAUUGCAAGGUCAAGCGCCUAUAUCCCUUUCUGUGGCGGCCAAAAGCGCUCCACGGCCGCUGACAUAGCCUACGUUGGAAACACGGGCGCAAAAUAUCACUAUGGUUGCAAUAUCAUGCAGAUUCCAGCUGACAUUGCAUCGAAAUAUAAAUACACUAUUAACUUCAUCAACGAGGGUUAUGCUAUUCAGCAAUGCAAAUGUUGGAAUAAGGCUGGUCCUGAUAACGGUACCAACGGCUUCUUCACCGGCAACGAGGCUAUUACUUUCAGCUUGGCCGCUAGCGGUCAGCAAUUCAUUGCGUUUGACGAGAAUUCGCUGAUCGGUUGUUCUUGUCAUGCCGGCUCCAUUCCUUUAACCCCGCAGGGUCAAUUUGCAUCAACUUGGGUAGAGGCCGAAUUUGGUAAUGAAGCCAACGGCAAAUGCUCUGGCUUCGACGCCUCAUCUUUGGUUCCCGCUUUUUACGACAUGGAUAUCCCCGGGCUAAGCGUUUGUGGUCCCCCCGAAAACACCUGCUCUACCAUCCAUCCUGGCGGGGCUGGUGAAAAUGCUUAUGUAAAAGGUAUGGCGGGCUUGAAUAUCGUACCGCCGAUCGAUCCUGGUCCUGUUGCGCUCACUGUGAAAGUCGACAUCAAGUAG